GCCCACACCACCCGCUCCAGCCAGAGGUGCUUGGCCUUCGUCGACGACGUCCGAUGCUCCAACCAGUCCCUGCCAAUGACCAGGCACUGCCUGACACACAUCUGCCAGGACACUAAUCAGACCCUGUUCAAACUGUGCCAAGGCUCUGAGGAGGUGCCCUGCAACAAGCCAGUUCCUGUGAGCCUCUCAGAGGAGCCCUGCUGCCCGCUCCACCUCCGCCUGCCCCCCCAGAUGUACGUGCCCGAGCAGGGGCUGGCGGGGCCCGAGGAGCUGGAAGCUGCUCCCACCGACCUCUACCUGAGUGCUGCUGAGCUCCAGCCCACUGAGAGCUUGCCCCUGGAGUUCAGUGAUGACCUGGACGUGGUGGGUGACGGGAUGCAGUGUCCCCCCUCCCCUCUGCUCUUCGACCCUUCCAUGGCCCUCGAGCAGUCCCUCAGAGACGUCUCCGAGGCCCCUAUAGACAUUCUGGCUCUGGAGGAGCCUUCCCACCCCGGCCUCCCACCGCAGACAGACAGAGGGACCUCCUCUGGCCACAUCUUCUC